GAGCUCCCCGCCAGCUCGCCCGCUAGUUCCGGUCUGCCCAGCGCCUCCGUGCGCCCGGUUCCUUCUCCUCCUCCUCCUCCUCCAUCCCCGCCUGCCCUGGCUCAGGCUGCACUUUGGUGCCCGGCGGGCGUCCCAAGAUGUUGACGGCCCCUGGCGCUGGCCAAUUUACCAGGCAGGCAGAGACAGGUUGCUCUUGAGUCCUGUAUUUACACUUAGAAGUUUUUAUUCAGCUCUGGUGUUCUUAUCAGGAAGCCUUAAAAGUGCUCUAUUUCAUUAAAGAUUCCUCCUCUUCCUGCAUUCAUCCUUGUGAGCUCCUGGGCCUCAACAUUAUCAGAACCGAAAAUGUCUCAGAAGAGUGAACUCCGAGUGAAUACCUCUUCACUACAAAAGAUUGCUGCAGACAUGAGCAGUAUAAUAGAGAACUUGGACACCAGGGAUCUCCAUUUUGAAGGGGAGGAAGUGGAUUUCGACUUGUCCCCAGAGGAUUCCAAGCCUGGGCGGAUCCCCUUCUCUAUUAUUUACCACACUAAAGGAUUUAAGGAACCCAACAUAACAACCUAUCUCACAGGGUAUCCCAUCAAAGCCCAAGUCCUUGAAGUGGAGCGUUUCACCUCAACAACAAGGGUCCCUAGUAUUAAUCUUUACACCAUUGAAUUAACCCAUGGCGAAUUUACAUGGCAAGUAAAAAGGAAAUUCAAGCAUUUUCAAGAGUUUCAUAGAGAGCUACUGAAGUACAAAGCUUUUAUCCGAAUUCCGAUUCCCACCAAAAGGCACACCUUUCGAAGACAGAAUGUCAAAGGAGAAGAGCCAAGAGCAAUGCCAAGUUUACCUCGGACAUCUGAAAACAUGGUCAGAGAGGAGCAGUUCUCCAGCAGAAGGAAACAAUUGGAAGAUUACUUGACAAAGUUAUUAAAAAUGCCCAUGUAUAGAAACUAUCAUGCCACGAUGGAGUUCCUUGAUGUGAGUCAGCUGUCCUUCAUCCAUGAUUUAGGACCAAAAGGCAUAGAAGGCAUGAUAAUGAAAAGAUCCGGGGGACACCGAAUACCAGGGCUGAAUUGCUGUGGCCACGGGAGAGCCUGCUAUCGAUGGUCCAAAAGGUGGUUAAUAGUAAAAGAUUCCUUCUUACUCUACAUGAAGCCUGACAGCGGGGCCAUCGCAUUCGUCCUUUUGGUGGACAAAGAGUUCAGCAUUAAGAUGGGGAAGAAGGAAACGGACACAAAAUAUGGGCUGCGGAUUGAUAAUCUUUCAAGGACGCUGAUUCUCAAGUGCAACAGCUAUAGACAUGCCCGGUGGUGGGGUGGGGCCAUUGAUGAAUUUAUCCAGAAACAUGGUUCCAACUUCCUCAAAGAGCACAGGUUUGGAUCCUAUGCUGCGAUCCAGGAGAACACGUUAGCCAAAUGGUAUGUUAAUGCGAAAGGGUACUUUGAAGAUAUAGCAAAUGCCAUGGAAGAAGCCAAAGAAGAGAUUUUUAUCACGGAUUGGUGGUUGAGUCCAGAAAUCUUCCUGAAACGUCCAGUGGUAGAAGGAAAUCGCUGGAGACUAGACUAUAUUCUCAAACGGAAAGCACAACAAGGGGUGAGGAUAUUCGUGAUGCUCUAUAAAGAGGUUGAACUUGCCCUUGGCAUCAACAGUGAAUAUAGCAAGAGGACUUUAAUGCGCCUGCACCCCAACAUCAAGGUGAUGAGACACCCAGAUCAUGUUUCUUCCACUGUUUAUCUGUGGGCUCACCACGAGAAACUUGUUAUCAUAGACCAGUCUGUUGCAUUUAUUGGUGGAAUAGACUUGGCUUAUGGAAGAUGGGAUGACAAUGAACACAGGCUGACUGACGUAGGCAGCGUCAAACGAGUCACCAUGGGACAGUCAACAUUUUCCCUCACAGGAGAGACAAAAGAAUCCAAUGAAGCCUUGAAUCUCAAAGGGAGAAAAGAUCGGAAGAUCAGUCUCCCUUUCCCAAAAAGCACUGACGAAUCUGACUCUAGAAUGAAGGGUGUAGGUAAAGCAAGAAAGUUCUCCAAAUUCAGCCUUUAUCGGCAGCUGCAACGGCACAACCUGGAAAAUGCUGAUAGUAUUAGCAGCCUUGAUACUGCCUCAAGUUAUUUUAAUCACUGUAGAAGUCGCCCGCAUUUAAUCCGAGGGUUAAAGCCCCACUUGAAAUUCUUGCAUCAUUCCAGCGAGUCCGAACAAAGGCUCGCAGGCCCUGGAAGUGACACCGGAUCCAUCCGUAGUUUGCAGACAGGUGUUGGUGAACUCCAUGGGGAAACUCGAUUCUGGCAUGGAAAGGACUAUUGCAAUUUUGUCUUCAAAGACUGGGUUCAGCUGGAUAAACCCUUUGCUGAUUUCAUUGACAGGUAUUCCAUGCCUCGAAUGCCAUGGCAUGACAUCGGCUCUGUGGUCCACGGGAAGGCUGCGAGGGAUGUGGCCCGUCAUUUCAUCCAGCGAUGGAACUUCACAAAGAUUAUGAAGUCAAAAUAUCGAUCCCUUUCUUAUCCAUUCCUGCUGCCCAAGUCUCAAGCCACAGCCCAGGAGUUGCGAUACCAGGUGCCUGAGUCUGUGCAUGCCACAGUGCAGUUACUCCGUUCUGCUGCAGAUUGGUCUGCUGGCAUAAAAUACCAUGAAGAAUCCAUCCAUGCUGCGUAUGUUCAUGUGAUAGAGAACAGCAAACACUACAUAUACAUAGAAAACCAGUUCUUUAUCAGUUGUGCUGAUGACAAAGUUGUCUUCAACAAGAUUGGUGACACCAUUGCCCAGCGGAUACUCAAAGCUCACAGAGAGAGCCAAAGGUACCGAGUGUACGUGGUGAUCCCUCUUCUGCCUGGAUUUGAAGGAGACAUUUCAACGGGGGGUGGAAAUGCACUCCAGGCCAUCAUGCAUUUCAACUACAGAACCAUGUGCAGAGGAGAAAACUCCAUCAUUGGACAAUUAAAAGCUGAGAUUGGCAAUCAGUGGAUAAAUUAUAUCUCAUUCUGUGGACUUCGAACACAUUCUGAAUUGGAAGGAAACCUUGUCACAGAGCUUAUCUACGUCCAUAGCAAGUUGCUCAUAGCAGAUGAUAACACAGUCAUUAUUGGGUCUGCAAAUAUAAAUGACAGGAGCAUGCUGGGAAAACGUGAUAGCGAAAUGGCUGUUAUCGUGCAGGACACCGAGACGGUCCCCUCUGUGAUGAAUGGAGAAGAGUAUCAGGCUGGGAGAUUUGCUCGGGGACUUCGGCUGCAAUGCUUUAGGGUCGUCCUUGGCUAUCUUUCGGAAUCAACUGUAGAGAUUCUAGAUCCUGUGAGUGACAAAUUCUUCAAAGAGGUGUGGAUCUCAACAGCAGCUCGAAAUGCUACCAUAUAUGACAAGGUGUUCCGAUGCCUUCCCAACGAUGAGGUACAUAAUCUCAUCCAGCUCCGGGAGUUCAUCACCAAGCCGAUAUUAGCAAAGGAGGAGCCUGGACGAGCAGAGGAAGAAUUAAAAAAGAUCCGCGGAUUCCUCGUGCAAUUUCCUUUUUAUUUCUUGUCUGAAGAAAACUUGCUGCCUUCUGUGGGAACAAAAGAAUCCAUGGUGCCCAUGGAGGUCUGGACUUAGAAAGAGGGAGGAUGUCUUCCCUGGUCCCCGUCUCUCAUCCUGGAGGUGAUAAUGACUUCCUUCAGGACCAGCCUCUCCCCACUGAAGAAAUUUCUGCCAGCCCACCUACCUGGUGCUUCUAAAGAUGGUGCCAGGUAUUUAAAUGGUCCAGACAGAAAAUGGCACAACUAGAGUGUUAUGAAGACACUAAAAAUCAGAACCAGAUAAUGACUUAUUUAUUCUGUCUCACCUUUCAGAAAGGAAACUGCAUCAUAGAUAAUGGGCACGUUUGACACAUCUUAGAACACUGACUUGAUUGGGGAUGUGAAAUUUGAUCACAUGAAUCCCACAAGAUGAAAUAAAUAAUCUGAAGUUGGGAACAUGGAUGUUGUGCCUCCAAAUGCUGCAGGGUGGCCAGAGGGACCCUGAAUCUGCUUCUCCUUCUGUGACUGCUUGAGCUCUUCAAGUCUCACGGGCCAUCAAGGUGUAGCUUGACAUAUGAUUUGCACUCCAAGAUGAGAUUGCUUGUUGCGGCUGACAGUCCACAAGUGGUUCUUGGCCAUCUAGUCCCAAAGUUAUGUUGUUCACUCAGCAAGAGGAUUAGCAAUCAUCCCACUUUGUUAAGCCUUCUUGGCCCUUUCUGCUUUUCAAUGACUUGAUCUCUUACUGCAAUCCCAUGAUAGGUGCUGCCUUUCCCCCAACUCCCAAGCCCUGGUUUUGUUUGUGAGGUUCAGCCUCAUCCCUAUGGGAGUUGUAAAGAAAAAAAUUUAGAUUUCACAUCAGGAAAAAUGUCCUACCUGAGUGUUGUCUAGUAGUGGAAUGAUUGGACCAUCCAGGGAGUGGAUGACCAUUUCCUGUAUUUGUUAAAGUAGCGAUUCCUUUGGUGAAUAGGUUGGCUAGAUGACUAUAAGGCCCCUAUCCAACUCCAAAAUUCCAAGAAUAGACUUCUUUUUUCCCUUAAAGCCUUGCCUUCUGUCUUAGAAUUAAUACUGUGUAUUUGUUCCAAGACUGAAGAGAUAGGCAAUGAGAGGCUAAGUGACUUGCCCAGAUUUACACAGCUAGAACCUAUAUGAGAUCAGAUUUGAACCCAGGACCUCCCAUAUCUAGGCCUGACUCCCAUUCCACUGAGCCCCCUAGCUACCCCCUAUCUCCAUUGAUUCUUAAAGCUUGAGUCUGAACAAAAUUCCUUGAAUCUCAAUGGAGGUUCCAUGCACAGAUCAAGGAGGAGAAGAAGCCUCUUAAAAUCCUGUAAAAGCUCUUUCUCUGUCACCAUAGCUGGCCUUUAAAAUUUUGACAGUUUGCCAUCAAAAUAGCAAAAGCAAUUUUUUUUUUCAGGAGAAUCAGCCCUUGCACAAUCUGUGCCUUGUGAACAAGUCAGAACCACGGUUGGGUCUCACACCUUCCAUCCUGUCUUCUUUACGAACAUUCAGAGAACAACCACUUGCCAAGUAUAUCCCUUGGAGUUAUGAACAAACAUGAACAUUCCAUAAUGACUAGCCAGGAGGUUCCAUCACUUAUUCCUCUGGCUGUCCUUCAUUGAAUAUUUGCUUCGUUGUUUGUGGUGAGGAGUGGCAGAAAACCUGCCAGAAGAAAUCCAUGUACUCCAGCUUUUGGUGCAAGAUGCCCCAAAGAGCAUCCCAUUGCCCAGAAAGAGUCAACGUGGAUUUCCAAAGCCCUCAGUUCAACUAUUAUUAAUGUUGCUUGCAUCAUGUGUGGCACUGUGAAAGAAAUACAAGAAAGAAUAAGCUAUAGCCCUUGACUUGAUGGGUUGAAACUUAGGAUGAGUAUUCAGAGAAUAACUAUCAAUAAAUAGAAGAUGGCAUCAUAAGACUUAGAGUGGGAAGGGUUUUUAGAAAGCAAUACGGCCAACUCCCCCAUUUUAUAGAUGAAGAAAUCGAUGCCCAAAGAGGCUACCCACAUCCAGAAGGAUAAUACGUAGAAGAGAUUCCAAAUUUACCAUUUGGUUUGGCUUGAUUGGUUUUCCUCACAACAGUACAGAAGGGAGGAGGGAGAGAUCUUGGAAAUGCCAAGUGCUAAAUGGCAGUCUAGAAACUAGGAGUUAUUAAAGUUAAGAGCACAGAAUCAUAAGAUUUAGAGCUACAAGGGACCCUCUAAGUUAUCAAGUCCAAUGCUGGGAUGAAGAAACUAAGUCACAGAGAGCUUAGAUGAUUUACUCAGGAUUACACAGCCAGUGACAGGUCAUGAAUUGGCCUAAUCAGAGGAAAGAUUCAUGGAUGAGGUGGGACUAUAUAGCUGUAAGAAUAAAAUAUAGCUGUAAAUACAUAAUAAUUCACAGGACAAAUUUCCUUGCAUUGGGUGAUACCUUGGAAAUGAGAUGUUCCCAUUCUCUCAUUUUACACAUGAGUAAACUAAGACCUAGGGAAGUUAAGCAACCUACCUAGCAUUGUGCAGGUAAGAAGUAGCAGAACAAGAUUUUGAAUCGAAGCCAUCUGAUUCCAAGACAAGACUCAUUGUGCUCCAUCAUGCUGUCACCCUCGUGACUAAAGAAACGGGCAGAGACAAGAUUUGAACCCAGGCUCUGAUGCCAAUUCCAGUACUAUAUACAUGACAAUACACUACAUGCACAUAUUAGGAUCCUCACAAUGGAAACCUUGAGGCAUUAAAGUGACCCACAUUUGGAUCCAAACCUAACCCUUCUGACUCCAAGCUCAUAGUCUAAGACACGGAUGAGAGAGAAACCUAGCAAAAGGAAAGAGCCUUAGACCAGAAGUCUUCCUGCUGGCUUCCAUUUGCUAUUUGCUUGCCUUGUUUACAGCUCCUCUAAAAAAUGAAGUGAUUAACUGUUGUUACCACUUAUCCCAGAAGUCAGAGGUUCCUAUAUAUGUGUAUGUGUGUUGGGAUUGCACCCCAACAGUGGGGGGGGUUGUAUAAUAUUGUGAAGGGUUACUUUUGAACAGUGCAGUCCUCAGUGCCUGCCCACUAAUCAUGUGCAAGGGCUGAGGGAGGAAAUCAGCCUAAAUCAUUCUGUGACAAAACUGUCCUUCCUAAACAGAACAAUUUAAGUUUCUUUUAAAAAUGUAUACAUGCAUGCACGUGCACACACGCACACGCGCACACACACAUAGGGAAUGUCUGAUUUAAUCUUCAGCAUGCAAGUGAUUCAUAGCAUUGAAAAGCUAUUAUUAACCUUUUUGACAUUUCAAAUGGACUAUAAAUUUAAUAGAUGUGAACAGGCAAGAUACCUGCAACCCUGAUGUUCUUCGUAAAAAUGCAUCUAUUGUCAGGGAGGAAGAGUCCUGUUGUAAAAGAAUAGGUGAGUUGAAUGUAAAGGAUUGUGCUUAUGGCCAAGACGUGGCCCUGAGCAAACCAGUUCCAACUGGUGAAGCUCAGUAGAUUCACUGCUCUUUAAUGCACUGUGGUCAAAUAGAAGAUUUGUAGUUGGCCCCAUUUCAUACGGCAAAUUGCCAUGCCAUUUUUUUACCCAUUAAAAAGUUCAUUUGCCUGAAUUUUGGAAAACAACAAUGACUUAACAAUGAUCUUUAAGGUCACUCCCAUCAUAGACUGUCCUAUUAGAGCUACCACCAUUAUGCUUUUUCCCAUUGUAGUCCUCCAAAUCAUAGUCACUCCCGUCAUUGUCACUCAAAUUGCACAAUGUUAAUCACAGCAGAAGAACCAUCAUAGCUUAGUGUUACUUCAUCAGCAAUUAGCACUUUUAAUGUCUUAAGGUCACCCUACCAGUGUUUUUUCUGAGGGAGAGAAAAGCAUUCCAGAGGUACAUAAAGUACACUUUUAAUACAGAAUGGCAUGGAGGUCUGCCCAAUGGGCUCGAUUCUGUACUUAUCACGUUCAAGACCAACACAUCCAAGCCCAUCCUAACUCUCAUGGUUAUUCUUGAUCUUGAGAUUCUAGUAGAACUCGCUUUUUAAGAAUUGAGAAAAAAAGCUUCAUUGGACAUGGCCUUCCAUAGGUACUUCUCUUCCUUCAGGCUUGGCUAUGUCACCAUGCCAAUCACUGUGGGAGUACAUUCUUCAACUUUUUUUUUCAUUGUAAAGAGAUUAGUUGUGAGGCAGCCAAGACGUAUGGUGCAUCUCAACUACUCGACACUGAUGGAGCCACACUGAUCAGUGUUAAGGACGUAAUCCUGGAGAGAUGGGCCGCUGUAUGCUUCCAAAGUGUCCUCAACCGACCAUCAUUAAUGCUGAAACCCUUGACCAUAUACCUCAGAUUGAAGUCAAUCCCUCUCUAGCCAAACUCCCAAUUGAAGAGGAGAUUUUAAUGCCCUUAGGCUCCUCUCAUGUGGCAAAGCACCUGGUGCUGAUUCUACUUCAGCAGAGAAUGGCAAGGCAGGGGAUCCACUGCUCAUACAAAAGCUGACUGAAAUAUUCCAAGUUGUGUGGCAAGAGGAGGUUAUCCUCCCAGGAGAUCAAGGAUGGCUCCAUUGUUCAUCUCCAUAAAGGGAAAAAGAAAUAGGUUGUCCUGUGACAAUCAAGCUGCAUGGGGUGGGCAUUCUCUCUCUUAGUCAAUUGCCAGCAAGAUUCUUGCCAGAGACAUUCUUAAUGGGAUGAUCCUAAACUUGGAAGAUGGUCAUCUACCCAAUGGUUUCAGAAAGGGCCAAGGAAGAGUCAGUAUGGCAUUUGCUGCCCAACAACUCCAGGAGAAAUGCCAGGACCAGAACAGAAGACUACAUAACAUUCAUCAUUCAUGACUGAUGGGCUUGUGGAAGAUCAUGGCUUGCCCAGAGAAGCUUAUCAGUACUGUAUGCCAACUUCAUGAUGGCAUGCUUGCACAGUUCUAGAUAAUGGACAAUAUUCUUGAGCUUUCCCUGUCACCAAUGGAGUGAAGCAGUCGACUCUGUGUGCUUAUUCCUAUGCUUUUAAGCAUGAUGUUUCCAGCUAUUUGCUGGAUGGCUAUAACAAAUAUGAAAACAGCAUCAAAGUUAGCUAUUACUCUGAUUGUAAAUUAUUUAACUAAAAAAGUCUGCAAGCCAAGACUAAAGUUUAGGGAGAGUUGGUGCUCAACCUUUUGACUGCAGAUGAUUGUGCAAUCAAUGCAACCUCUGAGGCUCAGAUGCAAUAGAGCAUGAAUCCAUUCUCUGCCAUUUGUGCUCAUUUUGUUUUGACAAUUAACACCAAGAAAACAGAGGUUCUCCACUAACCAGCCCUACACCAUCCAUCCAUCCAUGGAACCAUCAAUUAUAGCAAAUGGAGAAAUUUUGAGUGCUGUGGAUUAGUUCACUUGCCUCAGCAACAAACUUUUCAACAAUGUACACAUAGAUGAUGAAGUUGGCACACACAUUGCCAGAGUUAGCUCAGUGGAAGUUCUGAAGGAAGUUGAAAAGAUGUACUAGGCUGCCCACCAGACUGAAGAUCUACAGAGCCAUUGUGUUGUCCUCAUUGUUGUAUGCCUGUGAAACCCGAACAAUAUACCAGCACCAUGCCAGGAAAUUGAAUUUCCUCCAUUUGAACUGUCUUAGGAAGACUCAGAAGAUCACCUAACAAGCUAAGGUACCAGACACUGAGCAGAAGUACCAAGUAGUCAAUCUAUACUACAGAGAGAGCAACUCUUAUGGGCUGUCCACAUUCAAAUGCUGAAUGCAUGUUUGCUUAAAAGACUAUUUUAGAGAAAAUUUGCACAAGGGAAGAGUUCAUACAGAGAUCUCAGGAAGAAAUAUUAGGGGGUCCUAUAAAGGUCUCUCUUAAGAACUUUGGUAUCAGUUGGAAGACAUGGGAGACACUGGUAUAGGACCAUUCAGCAUGGCAUGCCCACAUCAAAGAAGGUGCUGUAUUCUAUGAGCAAAGAAUUGUAGUAGCUCAAAAGCAGCAAAAGAUGUGCAAAUUUAGAGACAUCUCCAUACCAAAUGAUCAGAUGGGCUUUUUGUACCCACCCUAUGGUAGAGCCUUCCAAACUUAUAGGAACCUUCCUAGCCACAGUUGGACACACAUCAUAGUCCCGCCAUUUGGGUCCUCUUUGAGUACAAAGGACAACAGUUAUAGUCAACAAAAAGUGGAAUAAUUCAAAAUUCCUAAGUCAGAUCUUUUUCAUCUUUGAAAUCAAGUCAUCCCAGAUUUUGGUGAAUCCAUCGUUUUCUUUAGUUUUUUGUCCUAGGCUUUCCUCUAGUAACUGGACUCUCAUCUGUUCUUUCAUAAAUUUGCUUGCAAAACCAGUCUCAGCUUUCACUUUGCUCCAGCCCUGGACAAUUUCUUUGUUCUGGGGUUUAACUUCUCUUCCACAUGAAUCUUUAAUGCUUCAUACCUCCACUCUUCCUUUUCAAUUCUGAAGAAAUAAUCUCCAAUUUAUUUCUUCAAUGCUUCUUCAUUCUUUCAAUUUCCUAAAAUCUCCUGUUUUUUUCUAGUUGUCUGAAGAGGUCAGAGAAAGAUUUUCCAGGGAGUUAAAGUCUGUUGUAAUUUGAUGUUUUUCUACCAAAAGCUUCUGGAUUUCAGUCUUUUAGCCUCCUGUUUCUUAACAAUCACCAUCCACUGAGUUGUUAUCCCUUCACAUUCUUCCACAAUUUUCCCCAUCUCUAACCUUACAAUUUUUCAUAUUUGCCUUCCAAUUCUUGAAUUUGCAUUUGUUUUUCUUUAACUUCUUAUUUGAUUUUUUUCUACAGUCACCUGUAUGUCUUUCUGGCUAUACUUUAACACAUCUAUAAUUAUGACUUCUGAAACAAGCAAAUCUAUAGCUUUCACAGGAACAUUCUUCCUGGGGGAAGAGGUCCUAUUGCCUGAAGGCCUCUGGUACCUUGAAGUGAGACACUGGCAGAAGGAGCUGGGAGAUUUUAUCCCAAACUUCCACAUAUUCAGACUUUCUCCUAUGGCUUUAGUGUUUCAUCACUGGUGAGUCCCCUUGGUCUUCUUUGAAAACGAAGGACAAACAAUAAUUCUUAGGAAUGUUUUAUCAAUUUCCAGUCUUCUAAACUCCUGAUGAGCAUUCUUGCAAAUACAGGCAUGUCAGUCGGAUAGAUUUUCACAAAUGGUAGAUAAUUCAUACUACCAAUAUCCAAAUUAGUUACUAUAGACAAUAAGAUAGAAAAUUUCUCCUCCCGAGAUCCAUAAUUUUAUCAUUGUUAGGCAUAUCUGUCAUUGAUGCAGAUCACAAGUUUUUGUCCUUCCCCAUCCACCAUAUACACACCCCUACAAAAGUUAAAGCUUCAUCUAAUGACCCGAUUUCUGGUAGUGAGCCUCUCCGACAUGCACUUAGAUGACAGACACAAUUGGUAACUUACUGGGAUUAUACUCAGACUUUUUGGCUUGGGUGGAACCUUUAUGAAUUUGGGCUUCAUUAACAUAGCGUUGGAGAGCCUGGGUCCCUGGCCACACUUUGAUGCUUUAAUGGAAAGAUAAUUUUUUGCUACCUAGUUAUAAGGCCAAGGAUAUAGAGAUAGAAAGGACUUAGAGGUCAUCUUGUCCGACCGUUCUACAGGUAUGUAAGUCAAUGAUUUUCAUGAGAUAUAGAUCUGUUUCUCUCCCCAGGCAGCUACUUACAUUUUUUGUAGAUCAAGAAGGAUUUAAGCAUGCCAACCCCCCCAAAAAGACACUCCAAUGGAACUCCUCUAACUGAGCACAUUUCUCUUAAAGGCCAUAUUAUCAGUAUAUUUUUAUGUUGGUUCUUUUAUGUGUAUUUGAAUCACAAAUCCUGGACUCAAUGACUUUCAACUGUAAAGACAAAAAAGAUGGAUGAAAUCUCAAUGAAUUGUGUAAAAAUAAAGUAACCUUUUAAAAAAAAA